CGCCGCCCGCCGCCCGCAUCGAUCCCAGCCUCCGACGGGCAACGCGCGCGAACGCGCCGCACGCGAGCUGACCGCGUCCGAGCGCGACUGCUGACCCAAGACAGUAAUGAGUGGCGGUGCACUACCCGCGUGAAUAAAUUGUCUUUGGCGUGUGUACAUAUAGCGUGUUAAAAUGGCAUCCGAAAAAGAGAAAAUGGCGGCAGCUGAAACCAAAUCCCCUUCCAACAAGAGCAACUGCACAUCACCAGGAAAAAAAGGUGACACCGACGAGCAUGGCCUACCAGUUGAAAAGGACAAAGGCUGUGAUACCAAUCUCUACCUUUAUCAUGAUGAACUCGAAGACCGACCCCGGGCGGCGACAUUCCUCAGCUCCCUGGCGGACUACUCGAACACCAUUCCGACGGCGCCAAGCGGCGAGCCGGAUGCAGUCAAGCCGCAGCCACCAGCGCGCAUGGGCACCCUCAUCGGCGUCUACCUGCCGUGCAUACAGAACAUUUUCGGCGUUAUCCUCUUCAUCCGUCUCACGUGGGUCGUCGGAACUGCCGGCGCUAUACAAGGCUUCCUCAUCGUCCUCAUAUGCUGCUGCACGACAAUGCUGACUGCUAUAUCAAUGUCUGCCAUCGCAACCAACGGCGUGGUCCCGGCGGGGGGGUCGUACUUCAUGAUCGGGCGGGCGCUAGGCCCGGAGUGCGGCGGAGCGGUGGGCAUGCUGUUCUACACCGGCACCACCCUCGCGGCCGCCAUGUACAUCGUCGGUGCUGUUGAGAUCGUGCUGACGUACAUGGCGCCGUGGAUAUCCAUCUUCGGCGACUUCACCAAGGACUCAGAAGCGAUGUACAACAAUUUCCGCGUGUAUGGCACCGGCCUGCUGCUCGUGAUGGGCAUGGUCGUGUUCGUGGGCGUCAAGUUCGUUAACAAGUUCGCCACCGUCGCGCUCGCGUGCGUCAUCCUCUCCAUCACCGCGGUCUACGUCGGCAUAUUCGUCAACUUCAACGGGAAUCAUAAUCUUCAAAUGUGCGUCCUAGGAAACCGUCUAUUAAAGGACAUACACAUCACUAAUUGUAGCAAGGCCGUGGACGGCGAACUUCACAAAUUAUUUUGCCCCAACAAGACCUGCGAUCCAUACUACGCUACUCACAAUAUCUCCGUGGUACAGGGAAUCAAGGGUUUAGCGAGUGGAGUGUUCUUCACCAACUUACAAGAUUCGUUUCUGCAAGAGGGGCAAUACAUCGCAUACGGCAAAGAGCUUGAUGACAUAGAACAAAUGGAGCGACCCACGUACAACCAGGUGUACGCCGACCUCACCACCACAUUCACUAUUCUAAUCGGAAUAUUCUUCCCGUCUGUCACAGGUAUCAUGGCUGGCUCCAAUCGCUCUGGAGACUUGGCGGACGCACAGAAGAGCAUCCCCAUAGGAACAAUCGGUGCUAUCUUAACCACGUCCACCGUUUACUUGUCGUGUGUGCUUCUGUUUGCGGGCACAGUUGACAAUUUGUUACUACGUGACAAAUUCGGUCAAUCCAUAGGCGGGAAGUUGGUGGUGGCCAACAUGGCGUGGCCGAACCAGUGGGUGAUACUGGUGGGAUCCUUCCUGUCCACGCUGGGUGCGGGGCUGCAGUCGCUCACGGGUGCGCCCAGGCUGCUACAAGCCAUCGCUAAAGACGAGAUCAUUCCCUUCCUGGCACCGUUCGCCGUCUCUUCCAGUAGGGGAGAACCGACAAGAGCCCUGCUAUUGACAAUGGCGAUUUGCCAGUGUGGCAUCCUGCUGGGAAACGUUGAUAUCUUGGCCCCUCUGCUGUCCAUGUUCUUCUUGAUGUGUUACGGUUUCGUGAACUUAGCAUGCGCACUCCAGACCUUGUUGAAGACGCCCAACUGGCGGCCGCGCUUCAAAUAUUACCACUGGUCUCUCUCGUUAGCGGGAUUAACGCUGUGCAUAUCCAUCAUGUUCAUGACUUCGUGGUUCUACGCUCUCAUCGCCAUGGGCAUGGCCGGCAUGAUCUACAAAUAUAUCGAAUAUCGCGGAGCCGAGAAGGAAUGGGGUGACGGCCUCCGAGGUCUGGCUUUAUCAGCGGCGCGCUACUCGCUCUUGCGGCUGGAACAAGGCCCACCGCACACUAAGAACUGGAGACCGCAAGUACUGGUCCUGGCCAAGUUGAACGACGACCUCGUGCCUACGUAUAAGAAGAUGAUAGCCUUCUCUAGCCAGCUGAAAGCAGGGAAAGGUUUGACGGUAUGCGUAUCGGUGCUGGGAGGAGACUUCACCAGGCGAGCCGGGGAGGCCUCUACCGCCAAGCAGAAUCUGCGCAAGUGCAUGGACGACGAAAAAGUCAAAGGCUUCGUGGACGUGCUUGUGUCACCCAGUAUCGCUGAUGGACUCAGUCAUUUCGUCCAAACGACCGGUCUGGGCGGGUUAAAACCCAACACGGUGAUUGUGGGGUGGCCGUACGGCUGGCGGCGCUCGGAGGAGUACCAGCCCGACAGCCCACCCAAGUGGCACUCGUUCCUGCACACCGUGCGUGCCGUUACCGCCGCGAGGAUGGCCAUGCUCGUGCCUAAGGGGAUUAACUUCUUCCCGGACUCCACUGAGAAGGUAUCAGGCAACAUAGACAUUUGGUGGAUCGUUCACGACGGCGGCAUGCUGAUGCUGCUGCCGUUCCUGCUGAAGCAGCACCGCACCUGGAAGAACUGCAAGAUGCGCAUCUUCACCGUUGCGCAGAUGGAGGACAACUCCAUCCAAAUGAAGAAGGACCUCAAGAUGUUCCUCUACCAGUUGAGGUUGGAGGCCGAGGUGGAAGUCGUUGAAAUGACCGACAGCGAUAUAUCAGCUUACACAUACGAGAGGACGCUUAUGAUGGAACAACGUAACCAGAUGCUGAGAGAACUGCGGCUCAACAAGAAGGAAACCCUCGGCAUGGUACAAGCGAUCGUUGAUCACCACCACGCUGACGUGAAGACCGCGAGCAAGGUUCGGUUCGCGGAGCCCGGCACGGCGGAGGCGGAGGACGCGCCCUCCCCGCCGCUCACCGACAACGAGGAUAAGGACAAAGACGACAAGUGUGAGGGGGAAACCUCGCCGCCGCCUGAAGCAGACAAACCGAAGGAGAACAACGCCAACGGGGACGCACUCAAACCUAAACCGAACAUGACGGACAUUACGCCAGAUGAAGGUACAGUGCGACGGAUGCAUACGGCUGUAAAAUUGAACGAAGUGAUUGUAACGCGGUCGCACGAUGCGCAGCUGGUGAUCCUCAACCUGCCCGGCCCGCCGCGCGACACCAAGGUCGACAGGGAAUCCAACUACAUGGAGUUCUUAGAGGUGCUGACGGAAGGCCUGGAGAAGGUGCUGAUGGUGCGCGGCGGCGGGCGCGAGGUCAUCACCAUCUACUCGUGAGCGCGCCCCCGACGCCCUUCACCCACCCGCGCACUUACAGGCACACUACAUCUAGUGCUCUCCCUGACUCACGGAGCUCGCGGCUCGUUAAUCCUUCUCUAAUCUUACAGUGCGACAAGGAUAUUUAUGAAUGUGAGUGACAGUUCAGGGACGCCGCCACUGUCUACAUAAAUGACAGCCAUACAAAACAUAACGUUUACAAAGAUGUUACGACGCCGGCGUUGGUUCCAAUUUCUUCCACAUUCAUAAAGAUCCCUGUCGCACUAUAGACACAUAAUCGUUCUCGAAAGACUGCCGAGACGAACGUUACGUUCCGAUUCGUUCAUAAUACUAAUGACGUAAUAUGUAUUUUCUUACAUUAUAUUAUUCGACGUUCGUUUGACUCGUGAAUAUUAGCUUAGUUCUAAUGUUUUGUUAAAUUUGCUGUUUAGAAUGACGUUGUUUUGGAAUUUAUUCACUGUUGUAUAGGUAUAUAUUGAUAAGUGUACGUGUGAAUCUAACGAGGAGCCUUAACUGUCGGUUAGUUAUAAGUUCGUUUCGGUUACGUUAGAAUAGAUAAUUGAGGUAAUAUUAUCUGAUUGGUCUCUCGAUUGAUGCCAUUUCGUUAUUUUCGGUUGUAGUGCCUGUAGAAGAGAGCAAUUUUUUAUAUUUGUUUAUUUUUUUAUAAUUUCUUUUUCUAACAAUGUUUAAAGAAUCGUAGAUACUUUGUAAGCAUAUACAUUUAUUAAAAUGUGAAACAUGAAAAUUUUUAUCUAUAUGAAAUGUAUUUUGUAAAUAAUUAUUCUGUUUUAAGAUUUUUACAUCUGCUCAACUUAAAACUUGCCGUAGGACUGAAGAUUAUAUAUUGCUAUUCAUAUUUCUGAACGAUUUGAAUAUGCGAGUGAUACAAAACGUAAAAGCAAUCAUAAAUCUAGUCAUAUUUGACUAUAGUUGCCUUCAAACUGCAAUGGUUAUUAGAUAUACACACCUCCGUUCUUUCAGUAUAGAAGAGUUAAAGCCCUUUCUAGUGAGUACUUAUACCUACAUAAUUUAAUCCAAUUCACUUGCACGUUGUGAUUCUUCAAUAUAGUGAUCCUCAAGGUUUUACGCUGAGUAGAUAUUAGUUUGUAACGUUGAAUACUUUUGAAUGAUGUCAGUCACAAAAGGUAGUUAAUAGUUUUAAAACUGCCAAAGCUUUAUUUGCCUUUGUUUUGGCCAAAAACAAAACCUAUAACAAUGUUAGAAAUAAGUAUCAUUUGAAAGCAUUACGCAUAAUUCUUAAAAAAAUCCAUUGAACUCUUUUCGAUGAAAUGCGUGAUUCUUCGAUAUUUUCCUGUCGCAUUAACUUCUCAUAUAUUAUAUAAAAUUGUGACGCACACUCGCGUAAGUAGAUUAUUUCGUACUGUGAUCGUAUGAGGUUUUCAAACAAAUAUCGUUUCGAACAUCGCGACAGCUACUAGAAUAUGCAAUAAGAUAAAUAGAUGAAGUUUGAUGACCGUAAAUGUAGCGAGACUGAAUUAGAAUUGAGCGCUUGAUUGUAGAAAUUACAGCGGAGCUCGUGUGUGAAAUAUUUACUUAAGACUGUCGCAAUGUUCGCAAUGUUAUACAUUCAGAGCUUUCAUUUGCUAUUCUAUUUGGCAAAGCUGUUUUAGAAACACAGUUUCGUACGGUGACACUUCCUAGGUAAUUAAUUUCUUAACGUCGUAUUUUAGGUAAAAUGGCUACCUAAAUUUUGAGUCUACUUAGAUACAUUCGACAACCGAAAUCAGUAUUACCUAAGUAGUUAACUAAAAAUUAAAAUUAUUAUAGGAACUUUCCCGGAAUUCGGUGAUAAGGCUAUAUACGAAUAGUAAUGAGCUCUGAAUAAUUUCUACAAUGAUUUUCAGUGGCGACAUGAAAUUGUUUACUGGAAUAAUAAAUGACACCAAAGGCAAUGUAGUUAGUCGUAUAAGUAUCAAAACAAAAUCGUUAAAUUGUAUUUAGUAAGUAUUACAUUCGUAGAGCGUCUGUAUGUUACAUAAACUUGUCAUUUUUUUUAUUUCCAUUCCACGAAAACCUGCAAUCAAAUGUAUCGGCGCUGCCUAGACUUAAUUGUCCUAUAUGUAACAGCUUAUCGACGAAAAACUCUAUUCCCGACCGGCUGCGCUGUAAUAGUAUGAUCAUAAAAAGUUCAAGUAUAUAAGUAUAUAUUAUAAAAAGGGGUGUUUAGGUAACUGCCAAAUAGAAAUCGGUGUUGUAAAUUAUCCUAGUCCAUAAGUGAGGUUGUUUCAUUGUUCGAAAUCAAACCGGUUCUUAGAUCACAAUUUUAAUAUAUAAAUAAAAUUCGCUAUAAGAGAAGUCUAGUGCAUGAUACCACUAACGAUUACUAGAUAGACAUAGACAAUAGAAUCAUAUUAUUUUUCCCUUUUUCUCGGAGAUUCCUCGAUUGUUGAUGAUUAAGUCUGCACUUUACCAAUAAUAUGAAUUAUUCUUUGACUUUAGAAAUUUACUAAGUUAUUUAGACUAUCCCAACCGCGGAAUAGAUAAAAAGUAUCCUGGAAAUGGAUAGCGGGUCAGUCAUAUUUUGAGAAGUGAGAAUGAUAAUCAAUAUCGUAUCUUUAAGAUCUGUGCAAAUACAUAUCGACAGUGGAAAAGCAAAAAGGCACUUUGGUGCAACUUAAAAAUUAACAUUAAUUAAAAACUAAAUAAAUUUAAUUUUUAAGAAGCACCAAAGUGGCUUGUGAUUUUCCACUGUCGAUAUAUCGAAUCGGAAACCGUCCCGCAGCGUCGAAGCUGCGCGGACGCUGGCACGGCGACGUCGCUCUAUAGACGCUUGUGUGGGGGGUCUCUUACACCCACUUAAGCGUCAACUCACAGAGAAAAAUCAAGGAAUACCUGAUCGUCUUUUGUCGAUAACGUAUUGAUUUUUCUGUAACGCUUAAUUUUGUUACAAACGCGUGCACGCCCACAAGGCCCAUCUAAACUUUUUAAUCUAUUUCGUGAUCCCAACGAUGUUAAAAUGAUAAGAAGUUAGCGCUAAAAGCGUACCUUAACAACAUGUAACAUAUACUUAACCUAUAAUGAAACAAAAACUCUAAAAACCAGUUCUAUGGUCGGCUUUGUCAAAACUACCUAGUUUAAACCAGAAUAGUUAGUUGUGAGUUUAGGUAAAUAGAUAUUAGACAAUUUCAUAGUCUCGAAAUUGCCACUUCUGUCUUCAUCUUCAGAACAAAACAUGGUGUCUAAAUAUGAUAAACUAUUAUUAUGUUGUCUAAAGAAUAACAAAAAUAUUUAACCAUAAGAAUUCACUUAAUGAAAUUAAGUAUAAAUCAAUUAUUUUACUUGAUGUAACCAAGCGGCUGUUUUAGUUUAUCAAUGUGUUCUUAUCACUUAGUGAUAUAUGAAUUAUCGAAAUAGUGGUCACAUAUCUUCCUUUUCACAUAGAAAAUUUAUAAAUCUGUUUAUGCCUAUUAAUAGGUAUUAGACAAAUAAAUUUAUUCAGAUGAAAUUAUUGAAUUAUAUUUAAGUAUUAUACAAUUCGAAUAAUAUGUAAUAUUUACAAAUAUUCUAAACUAGAUCGGAACUAUUGCGCUAAAAGAUAUGGGUCUAUUAAUCUUGGAUAUUAAAAUAUAUAACUAAAUAAGGAUAGGUAUACCAUCCUAUAUACCUAAUUAUAAACAUGUAUAUUAUAAUGUGGGUACUUUUCACUAACAUACCGUUUUCGUUUAACUCCAUUGUAUCAGGCUAAUUUGAAUUGAAUACCUGCAGCCCAACAGAACAGCAUCUCAUAUUUGGAUACCUAAUUGUUUGACUUAAAUAAAUACCUACUUUAUGAGCGUCAAACAUCCACUGUACAUAAUUGCUUUUGUAAUCAAUUAACCAUUCGGUACAUUAGCACAUCGAAAUGCUACCAAUAACCAUUUAUAAAAGCUAAAUAAAAGCUUGCAAUAAAAUGAUUUUGUUAAGUUGUUGGUCUGUAUUUAAUACAGGUUUCAUACUAUAAUAAGUAAUGCUACAUUUUGAAAAUGUGCCAAAGCUCAGCGUGAACCCAUUAAUUAGAUUGUGUAAAGACGCCGUGGCAAUACUAAGUUAAUCUAAUAAAAUAAUAUCUCAGUGAGCUAUAGAUCAUGUGUGUAACUAUAGCAUUCGACUUACAUUGUGUGUUAGUGUCACGAUAAAUAAUUGAAUAAUAUAGUAAUUGUAAAUCAAACAAAUGCACAUACAUAGUUACCUGUUUCAAAUAGAUUUAAAGUCGUGUUCGUAAAUUCAAUCGUAUGUUUAGCCUUAUUCGAAGUCCUUAAAAUAAUGUACAUGCGACUAAUUUAUUAAACACGACCCUCUCAGGUUUACAGUUAGAGUUAGCGCGCAUUUAGGACGCAUUUUAAUCGACCGAUAGUUUAGUCUUUCGUUAGAUGUUUCAAUCUGCGAUAUUUCGGUUGUGGGUAUGCGGUAGGAACGCUAUCUUAAUAAUUUAUGCGACCGUUCCGAAUAGAAAUCGGGACAUCAUUUUCGAUACCUAGUUCGUUUGGUCGCUGUUUGAUCAUCAAGUGCAGUCGCUGCCAUUUAGGUCCAAUCUGCUUCUCGAACCAAUCGAAUUAUUCGAUCGACUAAAGAAUCCACAACUGUGCUGAGACUAUUAUGCGAGGUUUGUAGUUCUCCAUUCUCUCUGCUCAGGGUGAAUCUAUACAAGAACAGUGAUAAUAAUUACAGAUAUGCCACGUUCCUUAUAUAUGUACCUACAUCUACAUAACUGAUAGUGAGAAACUUUCUCAAAGAAACGCGUAGUCGAUUCAUGGUCGAUACCUAAUGAAAAUAAAACACAUCAAUCAGAAAAAUAAUCAUUCAAUCAGUUUACUACGGUAUUGACAGAUUAGGUAAUAUUUUUACCGUCGCAUGCGUCUGUUAAAGAAUUAAUGUAGUAAUGGUUACGAGGGUUCGUAUUUAAUAUUUUAGGAACUUGUAUAGUAAUAAUAAUAAUUACAGUCGUCAUUAAAAUUUUAACAUAUUACUAACUAUACAAAAACACUAUAUUGUAAUAAGCUCACAAGCAGCGUUUAAUUCUUAGGGACAUUCAAAAUAGCGCUCUACAUCCAUAUUAAUUAUAAUUAUUAAUCGCAUCAGCGCUAUAUUCGAAUAUUAUUUAUUAAGGAACUUAAAAAAAGGUAUUUAAAAAACAACAAAUAAUUUAACAUUUCCACUGUCUUUUUACUUUUACUAUAAUUGUGCGAAUACGAGCGUCUUGAAUGUUCCCAAGUAUUAGCUAAGUGUGCUUUUCUGGGAUCGCCAUCAUGGCAGUAUUGUGACCGCGACAUGUUCACAACUGUAUCUAAUUCUGUCAAGUUUAUUGAUGUUUUACGAUUAGAUUUUAGGCUGUGAGUCAGCGUAACACAUUCUUUACGAUUUUAUAUUCAGGCUAGAGUUGCUGUGAUACACCAUUAUGGCUAUAAAAUUAUUAUGUAGUCAUUCCUGGCUAUGAGUAAUCAAUGAAAACAACGUCGAUUAACGUUUAAAGCCAUAAUCUAUCUGUGAUUUCAUUGACGUUUAGAUACAUCAUUGUCCGUUAUUAAUUUUUAUAGCUUUUGAGACAUUACGCCCUGAUGAUUUUGGACGAUUAAUAAAAAACUAUUUUACGCCUCAUUAUAUUCUAUCCCAUAUAAAGUUAAAACAGUGUCGUCUGUAACUUUUACAGUCUUAAAAGUAUCGAGAACUUUAUCUACCAAUACUUACACUUAAUAAAUAGGUAUUAACAGGCUAACAGCCCAUGGCGCACUUGACGCGGUAUGGUGCUGAUUACCUUUUUUCAUAAAUCUUUUAUUCUGAAACGAGUUUUUAAUAGAAAAAAUAUUUCGAAAAGUAAAAGUUGUUUAAGAACUUAUUAAAAUAUUCAAAUAAUAAAUCUAGUGAAUUAGCCAGUGAGUAAAUCUAAGAGGAAGAUGUUAUGAGUAUAAUGAAAUAAAUUAAUGAUAAAAAUAACCAAUUGUAUUUUAUUUACAAAAAUCUAUACAGGUAUCAAUAUUGAUAUGUAAACUAUAUUACAACUUAAAUUGUAUAAAAUAUAAUUUUAUCACAUAUGAUUACCUCAAGUACCACAUACUCUUACAGAAUACAGUUAACAUGGUAAUGGUUAAAGACAUUCUUCAGCAUUAUUAAUGCUGUCAGUCAAAUAUUGCCUUAAUCCUUGCAUAUUGAAAGAUGUAUAAAAUUGACUUAUAAUUGAAUAUUUAACACUCACUAUUUUAAAUCCUAAUAUUUUCAAAUGUUUUUUUCUCAUGAUUUGUGGUCCAAUUAACUGUAUAUUAUCUGAACAAUAAUGGUCAGGUAAAUGAAAAAGUAUAGCUAUAUUUACAUUUCUAGAAGACUUUGAUUUCCAGUUGAAAUUGUUUACAUCAAGUCCAGGAGGAUGAAACAUUACAUCUAUUAAGAAUGUUCUAUCAGAAAAAUGAGGCACCAUAACAUCCAUGGACAGUCUGUCAGCACUUCCAGCUACAGCUUCAAGACUAGGGUACACUUUAUUUAUAAUAUUUUUAAUUCUACUGUCUUGCACCACAGGUUUGGACCAUUGAUCUUUUGGUAUAUAUGGACCAGCAUAAUCAUGGGGGCACUCUAAUGACAAUGAAAUGUCUAACAAAGUUAAAUUUCUCAAAGCUUCAGGGUUACUAUUAUUAUACAAUUUUACUAAAAACACUGGACUAAAUACUUUACUAACUAGUUUUAAAGGAUAUUUCCCUACAUAAAUAAAUGACAACAUUAUCAAAGAAAGAUCGUCUACAUUUAUUUUCAUGUAAUUAUCCAAUAAAAACUUCUCAACCAAAUCCCAAAAAUCUCUUUUGCCUGAAUCAAAGUAAAGAAAGCCAUAAGGAUAUAUAUGGGACUUCAAAAAACUGGGGGGAAUAUCACUAAUAUUCUGUACAAAAUAUUCACUGCAAGAUUUCAAGAUAUAUUUGUUACAUAUCUGAAAUUGCAUACAAUGAUUCAAAAUCCCAACUAUGAGAACAUGGGACUCAAUUUUGUCACCUUUUAAUUUCAUGUAUUUCUCAAGAGCUCUUUCAAUUUGAUCAUCUGUGUAUUUUAGCCUAGUUAGUUUUGACACUAUAUCUAAUAAAGAGUCUUCAUCUAAUGCAUGAAUAUUAGUAUGAAGCCACCUGCCAAUUGUAGCAAAUGAAUCUAAUGAUAAAUAUUUCUCUUCCACAAAGCUGUCAAGAAUAUGUUUCAUUGUGGGCACUUUUAUUUUAUACCACAUAUCAGAUAGCUUCUGUUCUAACAGAGUCAAAACAAUCCUUUUACUUACUUUAAGACCUGGCAAUAUACUAAACAUUGUUGCAAUAUUUGUUUCAUUUAUAUCACAUUCCUUUUCAACAAAUCCUACCCAUAGUUUAUCAAUACUUUCAGCAUAUUUUGGAUUUGACUUAUUUUCAAUAAGAAAAUUUGUAAAUAUGCAGAUUUGUUCAACAGUCAUCUUGCUAUCUAUUGCUCUGAACAAUAAUUCAUCACAAAACUUAUAUUUGAAAGGUUCCAUAAACGAUGAUACAGAUUUUAGCACAUUUAAUAUUGUUUGUGUGUCUUCAGUUUUUGUAACAACUUUUAACAAUUUUUCGAGAAUAGCUUCCUUAGCUAAAUAAAUAUGAUUGCUGUUUACAUCCAGGGCAUUAGAUCCUUUCUCUAUCUCAUAUAUCCUCUCAAUUGCUCCUAAUGCAAUAUGAGGUGUUAUUUUUGUACACUUUGAUAAUAAGGAAAACACAUCCCUUAAGUCAACACAUUGCUUGAAUUCAUCUUGUAUCAAAUCAUAGUUUACAGAAUCCGUAGCAGUAUAUUCAUUUGCAGUACUAUCCUUUGUUUCUGUAAAGUCCUUCAACUUUCGUAUCACCACCGGAAGUUCUUGAACAUUGAAUCCGUUUUCAACUAAAAUUGUGCUGUUGCUAAAAUCAUGAUUGUUGUUAUUCUUAUCGUCACAGUACGUUCGGAAAACGAAGGAUAACGCGCAGUUAUGCGACAAUCGUGGUUUUGAUUUUAACAACAAAGGCUCUUUAGCUCGUAUAAACGUUCUCCAUAACACUAAUGCCAUUUUUAUCUGUGAUAGACGAUUUUUGAAAUGAACUGUAUAAGUAGGUAUAUAUCUACAUAAUAAGCAACUUACAAAGUUAAUAUUCAGCAAUGCAAAAUAAAAUAAAUACAAACAAACAGCAAAAAAAUAAAAUAAAAUAAUGAUUGUAUCGUAUGUCAAAUAAUGUCAAUGUCAAUCAUAGGUUGUCC